CCCACGCUUCCCGCAAAAACAAUUUAAUUUAUUUUUACCAAAAAAAAAAAGGAAAAAGAAAAAGAAGAAGAAGAAGAAUAUCCUAAAAUUUUAGAUUCUUUUUUUUUUUUCAAUUUUACAUUUUCCAGUGUGGCCUGCGAUCGUUACACUCUCCGCUUCGCUACUGUAUAUACCCACCAAAGCAAAACCAACAAACAACCACACCACACCAAACCAACCUCGCUUCCUCGACGGACACGCCGAGGAACUCUCUCUCUCUCUCUCUCUCUCUCUCUCUAAAACCCUCUUUCUCUCUCUUCCUCGUUCCAGAUCUCAGCCUCUGGACGAAGACGAAAGAUGCAGAGCACAGCUUUUUCUCUCUCUGCUUCUCUCUCUCUCCCCAAGCUUCGGAGACCUUCUAGCCCUACGUUAGGCCGUACUAGAUUAGAUCCUGUUUGCGUAUCUUCUUCCAAGAUUCAUGAUCUUGGAAACUCUUCCAAUGUCACUGCCGUCUCUGCUUCUUCUUUGCCUCGUCGAUCCUGGUCUCUCGUUUCGUCGUCUUCUUCUUCGUCUUUCAAGUUCAGGACGUGGAGUUCCGUACCGGAGAGCCUGAAUGCCGAUUCCCAUGCGAAUCGUUUUCAGCUUAGGGCUACUUCGGUCCCUGAGAGUGCCGGCGAAAGCGCCGCCGACUCCAAUAGCCUUUUCAAGACGCUGGAGCUCGGCGCCUUGUUUGGCCUCUGGUACCUCUUCAACAUCUACUUCAAUAUCUACAACAAGCAGGUCUUGAAGGUGUUCCCAUACCCAGUGACUAUUACUGCGUCUCAAUUUGCUGUUGGAACCGUGCUUGUCUUAGCCAUGUGGGGUUUCAAUCUCUAUAAGAAGCCGAAAGUUAGUGGUUCACAGCUUGCAGCAGUAGCGCCGCUGGCUCUUAUUCACACAUUAGGGAACCUUUUCACGAAUAUGAGUCUUGGAAAAGUGGCUGUCUCCUUCACUCACACAAUUAAAGCUAUGGAACCUUUCUUUUCGGUUAUCCUCUCUGCUAUGUUUCUUGGGGAGUUGCCUACUGCUUGGGUGGUUGCUUCCUUGGUACCAAUUGUUGGCGGUGUAGCACUGGCGUCAGUCACUGAGGCCUCUUUCAAUUGGGCCGGAUUUUGGACAGCAAUGGCAUCCAAUUUGGCGAACCAAUCUCGCAAUGUCCUUAGCAAAAAAGUUAUGGUUAAGAAAGAGGAAUCUAUGGACAAUAUUACUCUCUUCUCAAUAAUAACUGUCAUGUCCUUUAUCUUGUUAGCCCCUGUGGCUAUAUUCAUGGAAGGCGUUAAAUUUACACCUGCAUAUCUGCAAUCUGCUGGAUUAAAUGUUAAACAAGUUUACAUCAGGGCUCUUCUUGCUGCUUUCUGCUUCCAUGCUUAUCAGCAGGUUUCUUAUAUGAUAUUGCAGAGGGUAUCACCUGUAACCCACUCUGUGGGCAAUUGUGUGAAGCGAGUGGUGGUCAUUGUGAGCUCUGUUCUAUUUUUCAAAACACCCGUCUCGCCUAUCAACUCCCUAGGAACUGGGGUGGCACUUGCCGGAGUGUUCUUGUAUUCGAGGGUGAAGCGUAUUAAGCCAAAGCCAAAGGCUGCUUGAAAUGUUAUGGAGAAUUUUUGCUCGCUAAUUGAAGUUGUUAGAUGCAUAGAUCGAUAUUGUUUGUUGCAUUCAAGAAAUUGUUUGUAGGUCAAAGGGAACUAAUGCUCUGUUUUUUUUUUUUUUUUUUUUUUUUUCCCUUCUUAUUUUACUUUUUUGUUCCUUUUGCAUUCGGGGGAUAAAAUUUAUUGCUUUGCGUAACUGUUGAGAACAAUUUUCAGGUAUACUUUUGAAUUUUCACGAAUUUUGAAUGUAUAAUGUAGUUUCUAUCUGUUAUAAAAGGAAAAACAAAAAAAGUGUAGUUUCUACA